AUGUUCAAAGGAAUAGAUAAUCUGAUUCUUUCGGAAUGGACGCCACAAAGCUGUCUACUAGUACAGGAUAUUCAGUUUUCAGCAGAUAAACGUCUAACACUUUUCGUCACACACGGCGGCGCUGGGAGUAUGAUGGAAAGUGCUCUUCGCGCAAAGCCACUUGUUGUCGUUCCCCUAUUUGGCGAUCAAACUAGGAACGCUAAACUUAUUGAGAAGUUUGGUUACGGAAUUCUCCUGCAGAAAGCUCGUCUUGUCAACAGCAACGUGCUCCGCAACGCAAUCGAACGAAUUCUGACUGAUCCCAAAUACCAGAAAGCUGCCAAUCGGAUGAGCCAGCUGCUCUCACGACGUCCUUUCAGUCCAGAGGAGAAACUCGUGAAAGCCGUUGAGCUUGCUGCCGAAUUCGGAGACUUGCAAGAAUCCAAAGUAGCUGGAAGAAGUCUGGGGUUCAUGGUCUAUUACAAUCUCGAUUUAAUUUUCAUUUUAGCAGCAACAUUUGCAGCAAUUAUAGUUGUUGUAGCAUAUGUUAUUUUACGGGUUCUCAGCAAAUUUUUCGUACCAGUAAAAGGUAAACUCGAAUGA